AUGAUGCGCCGGUGUGUGAUGCAAGCGCGGACCUUCGCGACCAAGAAGGGCGCCGCCGCCACGGAGAAGCGUGGCGCCAAGUCGGCCAAAUUCAAGGCCACGGCCAAGAAGAACGACAAGGGCACCGACUCGGGCAAGUACGACGUCAUGCUCCGUGCGCUCAAGGGCCGCGACAUCCCGGCGCCGGAGUGGACCGAGGCCGAGAAGCAGGAGCACUUUGAGAUUGGCCGCAAGUACAACUCGAUGACGUCGAUCCGCCACAACGCGCUCAUGAAGGACCUCCAGCUCAAGAUCAACUUGAAGUGGGAAGCCAUCAACGCGCUCCCGACGCCCGAGUUGAGAGCAGAGGCGCUUGUCGAGGACUUUUCGCUCGUGCCCAUGACCCGCGGCUUCCCGACGUGGACGCCGCCGAUCCCGGGCUUCAAGCGCUUCCGCGACGACUAA